UCUGAGUUUUCUCAUUUUACUAUUUUCACGAAGGAUGUCGAAACCUAGUAUCAAAAAAUAUUUUUUUUAUGGUGAUUGGUAAUUACAACAAUGGCAAAUUGAUACAUUGUCUAUGGCAUAGUUGAUAGUAUAGAGAAUGUAGAGGAAAAUAAACGAUCCAUUCAUUUGAAUUUUGAAUUGUUAUUGUUGUCGUUUAUAUUUCAUGCACUGUACCUAAAUUGAUUAAAAUAAAAAAGGUAUACUUACAUACUUAAUAAAUAAGCGACAUGGGUGAAAAUGUUGAAGAUUGUGGUACUGGUGAUGAUGUCAACAGAACAAGCUCAGAAAAUAUGGCUUUCGAUAACUUUGUGAUUCUAAAAGAAUUCGGGAAUAUAGUAAACCUAGUAAAAGAUGAAGACUUUCUCGAAACAGUUCCAAAAGCCAAACUGAGGCGAGUAAAAUGGGUUCCCAUGUUCAGUUGUCUAAAACAGGGUAUUUUUGAUGAAAUGGUACAGGAAUUGAGUUCCCUGUGGGAAUACGAAAAUAUGCCUGAGAAAUUUGAAGUACUGGAAAAACAAAAAGAGAAAUAUACAGAAAUUGAUGAAAACGCAACUCUAUGGAGACCACAACUUGGAAAUGUAAAAUCUCAGUUGAAAGCUAGUGAUGCCGCCAAUUUGCGGAAACAAAAGAUUUUGUUGGAAUCUCUAGCUAAAGAAUAUGAGACAAGAGUUAAUAAGUUAAAGAAAGUCCUAUCUGCAAGGCGGGGUUAUCUUAAAGCCUUACAAAUGGACAUUCAAAAAUACCAGAAGAAAAAUGAAGAUUUUAUAAUAAAAAUUAAUGAAAAAUAUGAAAAUCAUGAGAACUUACUUAAAACAAUAGGUAUUGAAAAGUGUGAUGAAGAUGUUUGCUGGACAGACAAAGAUUUGGAAAAUAAUGAAAUAAAUUGAUGAAAUUAUUAUUUGAAUAAAAUUUAUAUUUCAGAAAAAAUUGUACACACCUGAGAAAAAAACAAUACAACAAAUUUUUCUUAAUGUAAUUGUUUCGAAAUACUUUUUCCUAAUAGUAGAAGAAAAUAGAGCAUAAAUUUUGAAAGUGUCAAGUGAUACUGAUAAUAUAAUUAUUCUAAAUCUUGCUAUUGUAUUAGCUAAAUAUUAUACAGUUUACAAAAUAA